ACAGACGGACGGGGACUUAGUUUUCGGCGGCCGUGAGGUUAGAAAGACGUUCGUGUUUAACUCGAGCCAAACACUGCGACUUUCACGUGGUUGAAAGUGGCAAAACGCCCGAUGGGAACCAAUGGAGCGGACGUGCACAAUCUCCGUGUCCGCGUCCACAAAGACACCUUGGCAAGGAUUUGCUGAGGAAGGCGAUUCUGCCGGGUGGGCACACGGGAUGUUCAAAAGUCCCCUCAAAACUUCCCCAAGGAAGUAACGUGCGACUGCGGUUGGUGCAGUUCAGUACUUUGCUGGAGCGUGUCUGCCUGCGCUGUGUACUUGGCUAGCUAGCAUUUACUGGAGUGGAGUUUAGCACAUUGCAAGUGUCGUUUAUUUAGCAUUGCGUUGUGUAUGUAUUCCAGUGCGCUGCGCUGCGCUGCGUCGUCGUCGUGCGAUUUCGGUUAGUGCCGGGUAGCGUGUUUGGACCGCAGUACAAUAGUUUAGUUUUACAAAAAGUGUUGUUGAGUGGAGUCUCGAGUAGUUUCAUUUAGUGCAGUUAAGGUUAGCGUCGUGUAGUCCAGUGUACUUUACAUAACGGACUGGUGUAGUUUGGUGUUGCGAUGGAUGAAGUUGUCUAGUUUAUCAAAAUGAUGUGGAAUUCGGUGGCACGCGGGGGGCGGGGGCGGGGGCGUCACGUGACCUCGCGGAAGUCGUGGCUUUGUGAUAGCGACAAGGUCUCUGUGACAGUUGCCAUGGUGACCCCGCACCUUGGCAUGAUUGGCGUGUGGAAAGGAUCCGCAUCUCAAUGCUAAUGCUAAUGCUAAUGCAGCGAGCUGCUCAGCAAGCGGACGGCGGCGCCAGCGACGCCGUGGACACCCUGAGCCACUCCCUGGCGCUGGUUCAGCGUCUGGAGGCGCUCCUGCUGCAGGGGAACGGCAGCGACGUGACGCUGCGGGUGGAGACGCCCAACGCCGACGAGGUGAAGGUGAUGGCGGUCCAUACGCUGGUUCUGUCGCUCCAGAGUCCGGUCCUGGGGGACAUGCUGCGGGACCGAAACGGCAGCACGCUCACGCUGCGCGAGACCCCUGAGUGCGCCGGUGUCUUCGAAAAGUUCAUCAGGUACCUGUACUGCGGCGACCUCUCCCUGCGACUGGAGCAGGCCACCCCCCUGCACCGCCUGGCCACCAAGUACCAGGUGGAGACACUGCAGCGGGGUCUCACCCGCUACAUGACGCUCAACCUGGCCCGCGAGUCACCCUCGGGUCACGUGGCGGGAUGGUACGAAUACGCGGCGGAGGCCGGUGACGUGGCGCUGCGGGACAGCUGCCUCCAGUACCUGGCCUGGAACCUGUCCUCGGUUCUGCAAAGCGGCGAGUGGACCGGCCUUAGCUUCCGGCUGCUGAUGACGCUACUGCGCCGGUCUGAUUUGGUUCUACACAGUGAGACGGAGCUCUUCGCCGGGUUGGAGGAGUGGAUUUCCCACAACCGUCCCGACGGGCUUACGGCAGAGAACGCGCUGAGGGCGGUGCGCUACGCCAUGAUACCGCCUCGAGAGCUCUUCCGUCUCCAGACCCAGUCGGCGGUCCUCGCCCGCUACGGGGAGUCGGUGCGGGAUCUGCUCUACAUGUCCUACCAGUUCCACGCCGCCUCCCCCGUGCACAUGGCCAAGUACUUCGACGUCAACUGCAGUCUCUUCGUGCCCAGGAACUACCUGGCCCCACUGUGGGGGUCUUCCUGGGCGGUGGGCAACCCCACCCGGGAUGACCGCAGCACCAGCUUCCAGACGCAGCUCGGGCCCAGCGGUCAUGACGCCAACAAGCGGGUUACCUGGAACGUCCUGUUCUCGCCCCGCUGGCUGCCGCUCAGCAUGAGGCCCAUGUACACGGAGGCGGGCGCCAUGCAGCCCACGCGGGUCGAGGGCGGGCGCCCCCGCGUCAUCGUCACUCCCGCCACCUCCAGCGCCGACUUUGCCGGCGUGAGCUUCCAGAAGACGCUUCUGGUUCUCGCGGAGCAGCGGGGUCGGCUGAUGGUCAAGCACGUGUACGACUUCCACCAGAGCACCGAGGAGAACGGCGACUUCCUCGCCGACGCGGACCUGCACCGCCGGACCUCCGAGUACCUCGUGGACGGCUCCCUGAUGCUCCACGUGGUCGUCAAACCCCUGUAUCAAACCCUGGUCGCCGGCAAGAACUGAUCGCGCUCACAUGCCAAUCGUAACCGAAGCUUCCCGUGCCCGCUCGCGUAGACCGUCCGUCACCCGGCCGGCGAUAGGCCGCGGAGGCAUCCUCGUUGUCUUUAAUCCAAAGGGCUUUUUUUUUGUCUUCUGAUAUGUAAAUAUCCAAAAGUUCAAAUGUGCACCAAGAGCGGUCGCCAACAAAACGCUCCUCGGUCGGCCGCACCUGCUAACGACCUCGAUGGCGGCACUGCGACCGCCCCCAAAUCUACACGUAAAAAGAGAAAGGCGGCCGACGCCAAAGUCCGGUCGCCCCCGGUCCACCUCUGCUAUUUCUUUCAUGUGGAAUUCAGGCGCAUUUGCAGUUUUUGUCGAGAGAAGCCGCAGCGUGUCAGUCAUUUGCCUCGCGCUGCCGGCUCGUCGGCUGAGGCUCGGCCGGCUUUUGGAGAGGAUUUCGUGUACCUCUGGAAACAUCGAGGCGUCAAGCUGAAAAUUGCAAAGUUCCCCUCGAAGUGACGCCGCCGGUAGAAUUUCAGAACCAACGAAGCGCACGGCGUCGGUCGUCUGACAAACACAA